CGCCAGAACGUUUCAAAACCCGCUCGCAAAAGUUAUUCAAGAUACAAGUAUAUACAUACAUAUGUAUAUAUAGAGAUUUCCAAAAAGAAGUCCUACGUCUAGAAUUUUUUGUUGUUUCUGGAUCGGAAUCCUUCGAGAAGCACAAAGAUUUUCCCGUCAUUAAAUCGUAGGGAAAACACGCGAAAAAAGAGCUGCCACACACACACUCACACAUGUGUGCAACGGAACCGGAACACGUUGCGUGAGAUACCGACGAUUUCCAGUGACCCAAAACGUGAACGUUACGGUUUCGAAAAAUCUAAAUCUAAAAUAAAAAUCAAAUUAUAAAUCAACCCGCGCCGCACACAUGACCACCGCAUUGACCAUGGUGAAAACGGGUGGUAAAUACGCCAACGAGAAAUUCUUCGGCGUGAGGCAUGUGCAGUGCAUCCUGUGCUUCUUCUGCCUGGCGAUGAGCUACGCCUGGCGGGUGAACCUCAGUGUGGCUGUGGUGGCCAUGACGGAGCACCCGGCGUCCAACGGCACCGAGAAUGAUACGGAUCUCAGUGGACAGGAUGAUGAUGAUGGCUUUGGACUCGAUCUCUUCAAUUCGGAGCGCUACUACACCUUCAACGAGUUCCAGAAAUCCGCCAUGCUGAGCAGCUUCUUCUGGGGUUACGUCGUCACCCAGGUGCCCGGUGGUUACAUCGCCCAACGUUAUGGAGCCAAGAUCCUGCUGAUGUGGGGCUUGGGCAUCGCUGCCAUUAUCACCAUGCUGUCGCCACUGUCCCUGAAACUUGGAGGAUGGUUCGCUCUGUGCGCCAUGCGUUUCGUCAUGGGUCUGAGCCAGGGUGCAGUCCAUCCCGCCACGCAUGCUCUGCUGUCCAAGUGGUCGCCCGCCGAGGAGAGAGGCAUCCUGGGAACCAUCUGCUACUCGGGUGCCCAGUUCGGAACGGUGGUGAUGCUGGCCACGAGCGGAUUCAUCGCAGACUCCUUUAUGGGCUGGCCGAGCAUCUUCUAUCUGGGAGGAGCCUGCGGUUUCCUGUGGAUGAUCUUCUGGUACCUGUUUUCGGCCAGUACGCCCGAGGAGCACCGCCUGAUUUCGCCCGGAGAGCUGAAGUUCAUCACCGAAUCCCGCAGCGAUGGCAAGAUGCAGUCCGCCGAGAAGCUGGCCCCGACACCUUGGGUGGCCAUCUUCAGCUCCCUGCCCUUCCUGUCCCUCCUGGUGGUGCACUGCACCCACAUGUUCGGCUUCUGGCUGCUGCUCACCCAGAUUCCCAGCUACAUGAAGAACAUCUAUCACGUGGACAUCAAGUCGAGUGCCCUGCUCUCCUCGCUGCCCUACCUGGUGAUGCUCCUGCUCAGCUUCUUCUUCGUCUGGCUGUCCAAGGUCCUGCAAAGGAAGGAGGGCCUGUCGCUGUCCUUCAACCGGAAGCUCUUCAACAGCAUAGGCCACUGGAUUCCCAUGUGUUCGCUGAUCGCUUUGGGCUAUGUGCCCCAGGAGGACGCCCCGCUGGCCGUGGCCCUGCUCACCCUGACGGUGGGCAUCAGUGCGGCGACCUAUCUGGGCUUCCAGGUGAACCACAUCGAUCUGUCGCCCAACUAUGCCGGAACUCUGAUGGGUCUGACCAACGGAGCUGCGAAUGUGAUGAGUGGCAUUGCCCCCCUGAUUGUGGGUCUGAUUGUCCAGGAUAAGGAAAACGUGGGCGACUGGCGAUUGGUGUUCUUCCUGGCCGCCGCCUUCUACUUUGUGGGCAACCUGCUGUUUGUGAUCUUCGGCCGAACGGAGGUGCAAUGGUGGGACUCCCCGCGUGACAACAGGGAGGAUGCGGAGCAGGGCACGCCCCUGUCGCCCAACGGCCAGGUCAAAUAAAGAGAGAGCGAGAGGCUGGAACCGCCUCGAGAGUCAUCCAACCGGGCUGUUGUUUCGUAGUUCGUAUGUUUAGUUAGUUAGUUAGAGACGAGAGCUGAAAGUUAACUUUAGGGACGAUCGCGUGCUUCCAUUAGCGAUAUUAUACGGUAAUUGCUUAGUCCGUAAGACCAGCGUAAAUUAUUAUUGUUUGCAGUAUUUUCCGUAAUGUACAUAAUCCGCAAAAGAAAAAGAUAACGAAAGAAAAACAACACCAA